UUUGCUGACGAUGUGUUUGCCGCCAUCCUGCAGGAGAAGCGUCGCGCUGAGAGAGCCGAGCAGCAGAGGGUCCGCGCUGAGAAGGAGAAGGAGCGCCAGGCCAGACGUGAGGAGGAGAGGCGGAUCAGGGAGGAGAGUGAUGCCAAGAAGAAGGCAGAGGAGGAGGCCAAGAAGAAGUCUGCUCUGUCCAGCAUGGGCUCCUCCUACAGCAGCCACCUGCAGAGAGUCAGUGCACGCAGCACUACAUCUGGAAAUUUACCCAAAUACUGCACACACACUUCUGGGCACUGUAGUAUUUUCAAUUUAUGCUACUUUUAGUUUGAUUCAACUUCA